AUGCAAAGUCACAAGCAAAUCGUCAUUGAAGCUCAGAAUUGUAAUUCAAAAGACUCCCAAGUGACACGUCCAACAAGUGUUAAACAGGAGGACGCAUCAUUCAAAUGUUGCCAGAAUUUCAAAAGAGAGGUACUGUGUGUGACAUUAUUGGGUGUGAUUAUCUCGAUGGUAAUCGUUGGUGUUUUGGCUCCAACGGUAAUACUAAAAAAGAAUAAUUAUUCGUCCACAACAACAACAACAACAACGACCACGGCCACAACAACAGAACCAGAUCCAAUACCAUUGGGCGCAGUUCGAGGAAACGUUAUUGGUGUAUACAAUACAUCUGUUGGUAGCAAUAGCAAGAACGCAACACCUGGCAGAGGACAAGGUGGAUACAUACCAGAACAAUCACCAGAGAAAGUAUUUGAUGGUCUUCUGUCAACUAAAUAUCUCAGUUUUGGAUCAUGCUAUGAAGGACAUAAACCGGACAGCGCGUGUGGUUUGUACACGGGUUUAUACCUGGAAUUAGAACGUGGUCCAACGUUAGUCAAUGGGUUGAAAAUUUGCACAGCUAAUGACUGCAAAAUUCGUGAUCCAACUGCUGUGUCAUUAGAAGGCAGUAAUGCUAGAGGAGAAAAUCUUACUCUUGGUAGCAGUUGGAUUCUGCUUUACAAAGGCACUAGUGGGAUAGUUAUGGAUCCUGGUCGAGAAAAGUGUGGUUCAAUACAAUAUUUUAGUAACACAGUCGAAUAUUCCAGCUAUCGUUUCUUAGUUUAUGGUAACAGAAACCCGACAUAUAGCGUUCAGUAUUCUGAAGUGAAAUUAUACAGCCUUUAA